AUGUCGUCCACCACCGAGUACUGGCAGGGCAUCUCCGACGACCAGACCAAUGUCCUGAUCAUCGGCAUCGACUUUGGCACCACCUACUCGGGCGUCGCCUGGGCCACGCCCUACGACUUUGAGCAGGAACAGAUCAACCUCAUCCACAGCUGGCCUGGCAUGGGCCUCGAAAAGGGCAAGGCGCCCACCGAGCUCUACUACGACGACGGCCAGAUCUACUGGGGCUACGAGAUCCCGCCAGACGCCGACCCCGUCCAGUGGUUCAAGCUGCUGCUGCUCAAGGAGGACGACCUCGACAACGAGCUGCGCAACUCCGAGUACGUGCGCCGCGGCCGGCGCAUGCUGCGCGACACCGGCAAGACCCCCACGGACCUCGUCGCCGACUACCUGCGCCUGCUGUGGGAGCACGUCAUCGACACCAUCUGCCGCGACCGCGGCGACGCCGCCGUCGACGGCAUGAAGUUCCACGUCGUCCUCACUGUGCCGGCCAUCUGGAAGGGCUACGCGCGCCAGCGCAUGGAGGACGCCGUGACGCAGGCCGGCAUCCUGGACAACCGGCCCGCCGGCAAGACGGAGCUGUGCUUUGUCACGGAGCCCGAGGCCGCCGCGCUGGCGACGCUCUACAACAACCCGAACCCGAGCAAGGCCGGCGACUGCUUCAUCAUCUGCGACGCGGGCGGCGGCACGGUCGACCUCAUCAGCUACAACGUGACGCGCGCGUCGCCCGUCGUCAUGGAAGAGGCCGUCGAGGGCACCGGCGGCCUCUACGGCAGCAUCUUCAUCGACGAGGCCUUUGAGAAGAUGUCGCAGCGGCGCCUCGGCCCCAAGUGGUCCAACCUGUCCAAGACGGGCAUCAAGGAGCUCGUCAAGGGCGAGUGGCAGCAGGCCAUCAAGCCCCAGUACAAGUCGCAGGCCAACUCCCGCCGCCACUACACCGUCGGCAUCCCCGCCGAGGCCUUCAACUCCAAGGCCGAGCUGACCGACUCCAGCAAGGAGCCGCACAUCAAGAUGGGCCGCUUCCACCUGACGGGCGAGCACAUCGAGGCCCUGUUUGCCUACUCGUUUGAGGGCAUCGACGCCCUCAUCGACGAGCAGAUCCGCGAGGUCAAGAAGAAAAAGAGCCUCGACGUCACCGACAUCAUCCUCGUCGGCGGCCUCGGCGCGUCGCCCUACCUCUACCAGCACCUCAAGGACCGCCACGGCCCCAAGAUCAACGUGCUGCAGUCCACCGGCACCAAGCCCUGGACCGCCAUCUGCCGCGGCGCCGUCUACAAGGGCUUCUACAAGGCCCUCAAGGCCGACGGCGAGGACAACCGCCUGCUGCUCGAGCCGCCCAUCCAGAUCGCCUCCACCGUCUCGCGCUUCUCCGUCGGCCUCUGCUUCUCCCAGCUCUACAACGCCUCCUACCACAAGAUCGAGGACCGCUACUGGGACGACAAGGAGGAGGUCUACUUUGCCGGCCGCCAGAUGGAGUGGUACCUGCGCAAGGGCAGCUCCGUCAAGACCCUCGCCCCCAUCCGCCACGACUUUUACCUGCUCUUCACCAAGCCCAAGACCGAGUGGACCCGCGAGCUCUACCUCUGCAACGACGUCGAGGCCCCCACCCGCCGCGAGGAGAACGUCAUCAAGCUGUGCGACAUCCGCUGCAACUUUGCCUCCAUUGUCGACAGCCUGCCCGACUACACCUCGCCCAGCGGCAAGGUCUUCAAGAAGUUUUCCUACGAGAUUGUCAUGACCCCCACCGGCGCCUCCGUCGACUUCCAGGUCUUUUACAAGGACCAGCGCCUGGCCAGCCAGGAGGUCAAGGUGUGCUUCGAUUAG